CCAAAGGAACAUCGUGAGCUAAUCGUAGCUACCGUUGGGGAUCCUACCUGUUUCAGCAUCUCCCCCUUUUUUUCUUGACGUCACACGGGGACCGUUGUUCACAUAGUGUCGACAGUGUCCACCAGGGGAUGAACUUCCGGUAAAUUUAUCACACGACCAGACUGAUGGAUUAUCCGUGGAAGUUACGGAGAUAAGCGUACUUCAGAACGGAAGUUAUUCGGGGAGUAACCGUUUCACCAAUCAGAUGCCAUCCGUGGGGGAAGAAAGGGGUCCGUUGUCACGUGCUCGUGGUCGUGGGGGAAGACGAGUUAUUAAAUCAAAGCAUGCAGAACAAUUUCUAUCGUGGAGUGAGCAAGGAAUUUAGGAGACCGACUUUGGUCGUGUGACAAGGGUGGGUUUUUCACCUGUGUAUCGCCAUUCAUCGGGACUAGUGAAAAAAUAAAAAAAUAAAAAAAUUCCCGCUAGCAAUUGGUCGACCAUUUCUGCCACUACACAGCUACGAUACGUUACCUGACCAGGGGGCAUCUGGGUCGUCGGCGCUAAAAACAAUCCACUAGUUCCCCCAUACCUGUGCCUUCACUUCACGGGACUGCUCAGGGACAAUGGGGGACCCCAGCUGUUAGUAGAGUGCCUUGCAUCGUCUUCACAACUUUGCGCUUACAUUGCUUGUCUUCACAAUGGAGAGGAGGGACUUGGUGAGUGGCCACACAGCCAGCUUAGGACCCAUCACGAGUAUCGGUUCGGUAGGUUCGACGGCAACUUUCAGCACAACUCCGCGUCUGACACACACACCGACAUCGGCAGAUUUUCAGCCUCCUUAUUUUCCUCCACCUUACAAUUUACCGCAGCAACAAAUCGACUUUCAUCAUCCUCACGUCAAUGCAGAUCCAUACAGUCAUCUCAAUAGCCUGACUGCACAGCACCCACAACAGUAUCAUCAACUGCACCCUCCUCAACGCACUCACAAUGUCUUGGGAGGUAGAAGAGACGAUGAUCCUCUACAUAUCCAAGCUAACAUGCAUCCGGGUUUACCCGGUGCUUACGGUGAUUCCGGAAGAAGAACGGAAUCGGCUUACGCAGCCAUACGAAGACCCGAUGUCUUGAUGACAGGUGGACAUCAUGGACUUAGUGAACAAGAUCUGCUCAAUUUGCAAAACGCGGGAGCAUUACCUGCAUUAGAGGACGGUCAGGCAACAGGAGUAGACGAAGCAAAUAGUCUCUUCUCAGGGGAUCAUAACAGUGUCAUCAGAAAAGGUAUCAAGCCAAGGAACAGUGACAAUCACAAGGAAAUGGUGAUCACAGGUGUGACGUCGCCAACCGAUGUGUUUUGUUCCGUGCCUGGACGCCUUUCGCUGCUCAGUUCAACAUCCAAGUACAAAGUUACUGUGGGAGAAGUGCAAAGAAGGCUAUCACCGCCCGAAUGUUUAAACGCUUCUUUAUUAGGAGGUGUACUUAGAAGAGCCAAAUCCAAAAAUGGUGGAAGGUCUUUACGAGAGAAACUCGAGAAAAUUGGCCUCAAUUUACCUGCUGGAAGGCGGAAAGCUGCCAAUGUUACAUUAUUAACAUCUUUAGUCGAAGGGGAAGCAAUACACUUAGCAAGAGAUUUUGGUUACGUGUGUGAGACGGAAUUCCCUGCUCGGCAAAUGGCAGAAUAUCUAUGUCGAAAUCAUAGUGAUCCGACUGAUAUGUAUAGAAGAAAAGAAUUGCUCUUAGCCACGAAGCAAAUGAUGAAAGAGUUCAUAGACUUGUUGAACCAAGAUCGUUCUCCAUUGUGCAAUACCAGGCCACAGAUUAUCUUGGAACCCAAUAUUCAACGUCAACUUACUCAUUUCUCAUUGAUAACUCAUGGAUUCGGUAGUCCUGCGAUAGUAGCUGCGUUAACAGCAGUACAGAACUUUUUAAACGAAUCACUGAAAUACCUCGAAAAACAACUGUCCAAUUAUCAGACUCCAACAUCAGCGCACGUCACCAAUGCAACUGGUAAUGUAGACACGAAGAAGGAAGAUCAGAAGAAAUAAAAAAAAAAAAAACAAAUACACAAUUGUAAUGAAGAUAGUCGAAAAUGACGAUGUGCUCAAAAAUAUUUCAUCGAUUCGACUCUCAUUUGCACACUCCCACAGACAAAAAAUAAUAAUGUUUUAUGACAUGAUUAAGAGAUGCGCACAUGUGGUCGUGUGUUGUGAAUUUCUUCGAUUUCAGGCACUUAAAAGAAGCUCAAAAAUAUAUUAAAAAAUGGACAUUCCUUAAGGUUUUGGUGCUUGAUAUAAUCGAAGACUUUAUAAAAAAAAACAAAAAAAUAAAAUAUUGUGAAGAUCUUUCUUCACGGAUGGUAUUGUUGCAAUACAAAUGUUGCCAAACUUACAACUGGAGUAUUUUUUGGUUGCCAAAUCUUUUAAGCAAUUUGUCUUCAUCUGUUUCGUUGUUCCAUGAUAUAGGCCUUUUGUAGUAUGGUGUAGAAAAGAAGUGGCCAAAAAAAAAUUUACUAAAAUUUACUGUUUUCUCCGUUUCUUGUUACGAUAGAACGGAGUCCUGUACUUAAACGAGAGUACAAAUAUCAGAAUUGUAAAAAAUAUCAGAGAAAAAAAAAAUUUAUCUUUUGCCAAACUGCAGUUAUAAAUGCCAUACUCUGUAUUUAAAGACUGGAUGAGCCUACCUCGUAAAAGGAACAGCUCUGUUGUUUGUGCCACAACGGAAUAGCUUUAUAAAGAAGGCAGCUUGUACUUAUAUAGUAUAUAAAUAUAAAUAUAAAUAUACAUGUAUACACACAAAAAAAAACCAUAGCUGAAGUGGACGAGUCACUCAAUAAUACUCGUCGAUGAUGUGUUUUUAAUUUCUAUUUUUUCUGUUUCAGUUCCAACAAAUAAUAAAACAACCCGCGAAUUUGUGUCAAAUGUUUUUGGUGGAGUGAACCUAGAUUACGUUUUUCCCCCUAGGGUCUGGAUUAAUAGAUAGCUUGGUAAGCUGGUGUUGUGUAGUGGUAUCGUAGGCAAUUUUCUAGAAGGUUCUUAAUGGUCCAUUAGUUGACUGGAAAAAAAGGAUAUAUUAACGUCAUAUUGAAAUCAAUAAUUUCUGGUCAGUCUUCGAUCAAAUCCAGUUUUAUGAAUUGAAGAAUGUCAGCUGAUGAACAAAAAAAUAAUACAAAAAAAAA